CUCUUAAUUGACCGUUAUUUUUUACCGUUCAAUAUCCAACUGGUUCGACCAACCUGGUUAACCCGGGUUUUAAAACAUCUGUCUUAACUCUUAACCCUAACAAAGUUCGUCUCACUCUCUUAAACACUGAUACACUCUUGGAUUUUCUUUGUUACUCUAGAUCGAUAUCAAAAGCGGAUCAUUCCUUUGUUCUUCUUGUCAUUUAAGCAAUGGUGCUGAUUAUACAUUCAGAAUUAAACAAGAAUGUUUGCAAGGCAUUAAUUGCUGCAGAAUAUGUUGGUGUUGAAGUCAAAAUGGCUGAAAAUUUUCAAAUGGGCAAGUCAAAUAAGUCUCCUGAGUUUCUUAAGUUGAACCCUCUUGGAAAGGUUCCUGCGCUUGAGACUCCCGAGGGGCCUAUAUUUGAGAGUAAUGCAAUUGCUCGCUAUGUUGCUCGUUUGAAGCCUGAAAAUACUCUCUUUGGAUCUUCACCGAUAGAAUAUGGCCAAAUUGAGCAGUGGAUUGACUUUUCUGCAUUGGAGCUUGAUGCAAAUAUGAGGGCAUGGGUCUUUCCAAGACUUGGAUAUGCCACAUACAUCAAAUCUGCUGAGGAGAGUUAUAUAUCUGGUGUGAAAAGAGUGGGUCCGACCAUCUCUCAUACUCCCCUUCUACCUUCCCCUCCAUCCCCUUCUUCACCAUACUCCUUUUCCGGCUCCACCACCACUCACCUUUAA